AAAAAAGAGCGCCAUAUUGAAAACGAGAAAAUCGUAAAUAGAAACGCGAUGUCUCGUUCGAGGAAAAGUCGAAAAUCUACGGAAAAUACUAAAGUCGCUGAUCACUCUGAUGAGCCUUCUAACUGCAUAAUCUGUUUGGAAACAGUUUCUUGUCGUGGGAAAUUGAGUGUCUGCAAUCACUGGUUUUGUUUCCCUUGCAUUUUGGAAUGGGCAGAGGUUAAUUAUAAAAUUAGACAUUGUUGUUGAAUUUGUUCAGAUUUACUAUUCAGACUAUUAGUAUAUGUCUCAUUUUGGAUUCAUGGAUAAAUGUAAAUCAAUUAUUUACGCUAUCAUUAACUCGAAGCGUAUUUUCUUUCACAGAAUACAAAUACUUGCCCCAUCUGCAAGGCUCGAUUUCGUUGCAUAACGAAGGUACACAAAAAUUACACUUAAAAUCUUAAAACUUUAAAAUCGAUGACUUGUUCAUCCGGAGAAAUCUUAAACCUUAAUGUGGGAGAUAAUAACGCUAACUUAAAGAUCUUACCGCUAAUAGUAAACCCUUUAAUUGGUCUUAAUUCCUGUCCUUACGUUUUGAAAUUUUAAGCGUCUUACAUUUUAAUUUCCACUUUUGGAUGCGAAAUGUACAUCCAUUUCCAUUUCUCGGUUUUAUACCAAUUAAGCAUAGUAUCUGUCAGAUAAACUUAUGUUCAUAAAAACAACAGAUGUGAGGCUAUGCAGGUGUGAAAAGGAGAAUGAUUUUUGCAUAUAUUGCACUACUUUUGGAGUUCAUAAGUCGGACUUCCCAAUGUGUCAGUUUAAAAUACUAACCUUAAUCUCUUUAGAAUUUUCUCGUCUCUAAGUACGGUAUGCCUGGAUGUUCCAAAUCGAAACUACCAUCAUUAAGUUUAUAAGUUGUGAAAUUAUUUCUUAUUUUUAUUUGGAAUACUUGGCGGUUGUGCUUGAAUGCAUGGUAAUCCAACAUGUAUUUUGAAUGAGUGUAAAACAGGCAGAUGUCUCAUUUUUUCUGAACCAUGAAUAUUACAUUAAAUUUCACAUUUUCCGGUCUCAGGUACAGUGCAUAUUUUGUUUAAAUAUAAGAUUAUGUGUAACCAAUAUUUCACCACAAUUAACAUUGAAAAUGACACUUAAGUGUCCAGUGUUUGCAAUUUUAAAAGUUUGCACACCUCGAAGAUAUAUUGAAUGACCAAAUAACCCAUUAAGUGUAUUACUGUUCCUUUUAGGUUCAUUUGAGUCCUUUCAAAUCUCCACCAACCAAAGUUCGUGUGGGUGACAAGGAUCAGAGAGUGUGGAAUGAUGACGAUGAUUUAGUUGCUGAAGAUGUUUUUGAUGCUCUUGACUUGGUUGAAGAUGAUUUAGAUGAUGACUAUGAACCACCUAUUUAUAUAAGUAAUCCAUGGAGUAGGAGUUUGCAAACCAGAGGGCGUCAAAGAGAACCAGUAUGUAUAGUCAGUGAUUUUUGUACUCAUAAAUAAUGUUUUUUUUCAGACAAGUUUAGUGCUGUUUUUUCAUACUCUUUAGUAUAAACUAAAUCAAUGAUCAUUUUAAAAUUUGCAUCAUUAAUGAGCAUUUGGACAUUUUAUCAAUAACAACUUGUCAGCCACAAAAAAAUUUUGAAAAGUUAAUUUUGGUGAAUAAUUAAUGAUCAAUUUGACAUUUUGAUAGAGUCAAAGAAGAAGACUUCCCCAGACAUCCAGGCAGCUGCAUCUUGAUCAAUAUGACUUGGAAGACUCCUUCAUCGAUGACACCGAUGAUGUUCUUCAAGAAUUUCUUUAUUCCACUUACAGUAGAGAGAUUAGAAGAAACAAUGGUAAUAUUGUGGACCCUGUUAUUUCUGAUCAUGGCGAUGAUGAUGACGAUGACCAUAGUGAAGAGGAGGAGGAAAGUGACAUGGACAGUAGUAGUGAAGAAAUAAUUGUGGUCCAGAGAGAUGAGCCCUAUACAUUACGUGAUAGCCACAUAUCUCUCCCAGACUCUUCAAGAACUACAACAAACUCCCUUGACAGGUAUAUUUUGUAAAACCGGGUCAAGGGUCAUAGAGAGUCAGACCAUAUGAGUUUUCUUCUCCAUGACUUAUAAAUUAUUAUUAUAUAAACACUAAUGAAAUACCAGGUGAGUUACACACAGAAAUGUUAUUGUCACACUUGAAAUAAAUUGCACCUUGUGCACCAAAAAAUAUUAAAUUGAAAUGGUCUGGUAUUUCCUGGAGGGAAGGGGGGGUACUUUGAGAAAUUUUGGGUGUGGAUGUGCCGCUGGUACCCUAGAACUCUUAGCCUAUACCAGAGCUAGUUCAAGUGAAUUUCACUACCCUAUACUAGACUUAACUCCCCAAAUCCCCCCCUCCCCCCAUCCUAGAGUAGCUAUUUUCCAGAAACUACUGAGGUCCAGCCAAAACAAAACCGAUUUGAUUUUUUUUUCAUAUUUUUGAGUGGCAAUUCCCGGUUUCCUUAGUCUAGACUGAAAUCUUCAACCAAUUGAUCAGUUUCCUGUAAAGUGAUACCCUGUCCUAGACAUAAACUCUCUGAUUUAUGUCACCUAUCCCAGAGUAAACUGCUUGAAAACCAUACCCUUCAGAGCGGCACAUACCUAUAUAGCCGAUAUAUGGCAGUAGCACCCAGGGGUAUAUCAUUGGUGUUUGCAUAAUAAAAAGAACAUUACAUGGCCAAUUGGAGAUACAAAAUUUCUUUUCUCAUGUUGACAUAUUUCAACACUGAAGGGGAUAUCAUUGGUGUUUGCAUAAUAAAAAAUCAAAUAUUCAAAUCAAAAUAUAAAGAAUAAGCACACUCAUUUUCAGACCUGGGUCCUGGCUUUACGGCCUGAAAUCAAAUAUUCCAAAAUUUUGUUUCCAUUUUGUUUCACUAACUAAUAGUUUUAUCAUGCUAGAUGCAAAACUAUUGAAACCUCGAUUUUUAAUGUAAACGGAGACAGCUUACCAGGCUCGUUAAUUAUCGGGACUUUCGAGAAAUGGGCCCCUGGCCCUAGUUGUUCAAAAGUUGGAUAGCUCUAUCCUCUGCAUAAGUCGCUAUCCAGUGGACAAGUAUUAGGAAAACCAACAUGGUGUUAUCCACUGGAUUAGUGAUGUAUCCGAAUAAGAAUGCUAUCCACCUUUGAACAGUUUGGGCCAUAAAAUCCAUAUCCAUUUUCAAACCCAUCACCUUGUCCAAGUAAAGUUAACAUAUCAUUCCAAGGAAUUUUUUUAGUUGCAUUUGACACUGGACGUUCUUAUUCAUAUAGAGCUGAAAAGACAACAUGAUUAUUCCCUCUCUUGGUUCCCUUGAAAAUCAUACUCAGGAUGGUCAAUGGAAAAUGUCUGGCCAAAAAUAUGCUUUGUCCUGUCAAAUCCUUGGAUGAACCAGGCUUUUUUUCUUGUCAUGUAUGCUUGCAAUGGAAAAAUUGAAUUCAGAACAUCAGAUUUUAAUAAUACUAAGGCUGGACAUUAUUGGUGUUCUUGGAGAAAAAACAGGAAAAGAAAGAUACUGCUAGAGCAUGCAUUUAUCCUUUUGAAAAAUAAAUGACUCAUAAUGUUGUUUUUCAAUUUCUGUUAGUUGCAAUUUAUUGCUUUCUUAUCUGUGAAGUCAUUAAUGUGCAAAGUUAGGGGUAGCAUGUGCAGUGGUGUGAAUUUAUAUUGUUGUAGUCUAUGUGGAUUUCACUGUGAAAUAUGAUAAUCCUCGAUGAUGGUGUAAUAUUGCAAGGAUGUAAAACUAGCAGCAUGCCAGGAGAACUGGAGAACUAAAGAAUGUAACUGAAGAAACAGUUGCAUGCACAAAAAAUUAUAAGAGCUUUCCAAUUUUGCUAAACAUUGCAGCUGUCUUGGCAGGUGAGGGGUGGGGGGGGGGGAGGCACGGGGCACAACACCAUGCAUUUCAUGCUUCCUGCGAGGCUUCAUUUACAAAAAGAGCAUGGUAAAUAUAGUUGUUUGUUAUUUAAACUUCAGGCCUAAGUUGUUCAAAAGCUAGAUCAGAGAGUGCUAUCCAGUGGAUAGCGCUAUCCACCUUUUGAACAACUGGGACCAGGUGGGAGGGGACUCUGAUAGAGAUAUACGGUAAUGUACCGUAAUAUAUAUUUGCCUGCCCAAGGAUGAAUAUUCUAUUUGUUUAUUCCACUUACAGUAGAGAGAUAACAAGGGACAGUGUUGUUGUUGAUAAUGAUGAUGGUGAAGAGGGCGAGGAAACUGACACUGCAAGAAUUAGUAACAAAAUUGUGGCACAGAAAAACAAGCGUUAUCCUUUACGAAACUCUUCAAGAACUAGAACAAACUCCAUUGACAGGUACAUGUACAUGUACAUGCAUUUUUAAAAUAAUUAAAUUUGUUAAACCAGCUCAAGGAUCAACUUUAGUAACUCAAGUUCUCUUAUCUGUAACAUACAAGUAAUGACUUAGUAAUAAGAGUAGCAAUAUUAAAAUUAUAAAACAAGCCAAUUGUUUCAACACUACAGUGACCUGGACAAAAACCCUUUUUACAGUCAUGUAUGUUAUUAUUAACACUAAUGUCUUAUAAUGUGCUGCUUUUGAAAUAAAUUUCAAGUAGUACAUAGCUACACUCACUUGUGGAACCCUACCUUAGUAUAACAAAAAAAAAUUCACACCAGUAAUGAAAAAAUGAUUUGAUCAGAACCAAUAACCUGACAAAAACAUACUGACAUAUUUUAGUAUUAACACACACAUUUUCUGAGUGGCAGGUUCAUGUAGUACUAUAAGCAACACGUCAACUUCUCACUGUGUUUUUUUUGUUGUUCUUGUUUCAGACUACUUCAGCUAACUGAAGAGCAAUCAUGUGGUUCACCAGCAAGCAGUGACGGCUUCAUUGUCAGUGAUAAUGAGUCAGAUGGUUAGUUUGGAUUUUAUAUUUAAUUAGUGGUCAUGCCUGUAAUAUUACAGAGUCGCAGCUGUCAAAACCAAGGAAGGAGAUAAAGAGAAGGCUCUUGGCAAGAAAAGCGUUUUGAAGCUAAUACCUGUAUGGCAAUUGAACAAGGUCUACUGUAAAACAAUAUGAUGCCUAGAAACCUGGUGUAUGACUUGAAAAGACUCAGGCACUGAUGUUGAUGAUGAUGAUGAUAUUGUUGUUAGGAUUAUAUGAGAAGGUAGGCUGACCUGGCUUGCCAAGAUCCCAGUUGUUUGAUCCAGGAUCUCUGCAAGCUUGCUUGUCUGCCUCCUCAUAUAAAUGCAACAGACGUUUUAUUUUUUAAGAGGAAACAAGGUAUGAGCCGGGCUAGCUUUUAAAGGGGGACAGCGUGGCUAACUGGGUUGGUUCGCCUCAUAUUAACAGGUCUCAAUGCAGCCACAAAUUCCACAAACAAUGAAAUCAUAAGUUUCUCACUCAGCAGCCAUGAACUAAACUGUGAAGAGGCCAACCUAAAUCACUCAGGUUUAAAUUAGGACAGUUUUGUUCAAGAGUUUUGUAAUUUUUUUGAUAAACGUUUACAUUUAUUCAUUGUAAGUUAUCUUGCUUUAUCAAUUUUCACUGAGCACUGCUUCUUAGAGUUAUUUUAAUAAAUUUUGAGUUAUUUUAAAAAAUUCCAUAUUAUUCCACUUACCUAUAAUAUAUAUUUAUAACUGAUAUCAGCAUUAAGUUAAGGAUUUUUUUCCUUUGUUUAAUGCAAAUUCUGUACAACAUAUUUUUUUUAAGGUUGUCAAAUUUAAUGUCUCUUUUUCUUGUUCUUUAGAUGAUCUUAGCAGUGAUUGGAUACCAUCUAACAACUACGGUAAGACUUCAAGGAAUAGAUGCAGAAACAGAAAGUCGAGUGGUAUUGUAGGUAUCUAUUGGUAAAAUGUAAAUGCGUUUGUAAGUAUAUUUUUAUAAGGUGUUUUUUCUAACUUUUUUUAUUUUUCUUUGUUCUUUAGAUGAUCUUAGUAGUGACUGGCUACCAUUUGGUAAUCAUAGUAGUAAGAAUUCAGGAGAUAGAAGCAAAAACAGAAACCAGGGUGAGGCAAACUCAAGGAGGCUAAGAUCCAACUCAAAAUGGCCAGCUGGACCAUCAAGCACCAGACAUUUCAAACAGUCGCGGAGAAGCAAACAAGUUUCUGAUCAGAUUCAAAACAACAGUAAAAGGAAAAGACAGGUAAGAAACAACUACAGAAAACCUUGUACAUAAUAUUAAUGACAUGUUAUUAUUAUACUUGUAAAUUAUAAAUGUGUUUCUUUAAUUUGAAGUUAUUUUUAGAGUGUAACAAACUCAAUUGGGACCACUGACACUUUGAAACUUAAACAUAUAAAAAUAUUUCCGUGAUUGGCUUAUGACAAAUUGAUCAAGUCAGACUCCUUUGUUAGUAUGAACUUGACCUUUGAUUGGCCAACAUUAAUGUUAAGUGGUUCCAAUUUAGUUUCAGCACUUCUUAAGUCUAAACUCUGGAGUGUUAUCCUUUAGCACUCAGUCUUUUUUCACAAACCCACUUUUUGGAAUAUUAUUGUUGUAUAGACACUGUUUCCCUCUGCCUUAACACAGGGUUUAUUCUACCUCCCGGCAUGAAAUCCCAAUCUCCUUUCCCUCCGCUCAAUUAACACUCAAUCGGUUUAUUCUUCGAUUGAGUUCACUAUUGCAACUCACCGGAAAAAAAAUCAAUCGAACCCAAUCCACGUUUGAUUUUCAAAAUUUAUGUAAAACAGACGUUGAAAAUCCAUUACCAGAUAACAAAUGGGCCCUACCUGAAAAAAUUCCGCAGAAUGGAUCUUGGAUGUCUUAAAUGUAUAGGGCUGGACUGAUGUUUUCAGGGUUUGUUCUGUUCUCUUCUCUUAACUACCGUUUAUAAAUGGGGUUUGUGAUAUUGAAUAAAUGAAAAACUUGCUUGGUUGCUUUGGGCUUGCUUUGUAUCAGUCAGUAUUUAAUUGUGUUCGAUUGAUUGGUUGACUGUCAUCAGACGGAUUGAGUUCGAUUGAUCGAUUUGUUCGAUUGGUCAUUUGUUCGAAAUCAAGUUCGACCAAUCAAUCGAACUCAAUCCACGGAUUGAGUUCGAUUGAGUUCGACUGAGUUCGAUUUUCGAACGUUCGAUUUACUAUGCCGGGACUACUACAGGAUUUUCACUCCACACAAAAUUUAUGCAAGUAUGACAUGGGCUACCUGAAAAAAAUGGAUCUUGUGUCUUAUGAGGGGUGGACUGAUAUGUUGGUUGACUCUUGGUCAACAUAUCGGUCAAUAUAUCGGCCAAGACAGUAUUGGUUGACUGUCAAUAGAGUACGGGUCAUUUGUCGAUCAAGUACCAAUCGAGUAUCAGUCGAGUAUCGGUUGAUAUGUGGCCAAUAGUCGGUCUCUGAUAACAAUCGGUCGAUAGUCAGCCGAUACUCAGUAGAUAGUCAGUCGUUACUUCACCAACAGAUCACCGACAUAUCACUGACAUUUCACCGACACUUGGCCGACACCUCAGCUGUGGUGACAAAUAGACCUUUUCUAGAUGUGCGUCAGUAACAAAGUUGAUGUAAAUUUUGAUUUCUCUCCAUUGUACAGCAAACCUCUAUCAGUGAUGAAGAAUUGCAAGAGUUGACAUCUUCAAAAGAUAGACAAGUUGAAACUCUUUCAUCAGCAAAUGGCUGGAUCAACACCGCUAGGAAACAAGCAAGAGCUCAUACUUCAACUUUAUCAUCUUAUCAAAGAACAAGGUGUAACUUGUUAUGUAUUAAAAGAUAAGUUACCCUGAUCCCCCUGAUUCAUAUCCUCAUUGACACCCACUGAAACUGGGUUGAUCGAUGUCUUUGUUCACUUGAUACUAGUCAGGAUUUGAAAGACUAAAGCCUUGCGGAGGUGACUUUUAAAGUGCCGUAAAAUUCCGAAAAUAAGCCCCGGGGCUUAUAUUUUUCAAAGGCUUAUUUUUGGAGGGGCUUAUCUAUGGAUGGAAAUUUGCGUUUCAAAAUCAGUUGGACUAGCCUUAUAGUUGGAAGUAAAUUUACCGUUUUUGCUUGUUUUACUUUCUAUUUGAGGGCAAUUCCAAGUACAAGCCCCUGGGGGCUUAUAUUUGGAGGGGCGAUUUAACGGAGGGUUUUUCGCGUUACUGGUUUGGGGGGCUUAUAUUUGGAGGGGCUUAUACAUGGAGGGGCUUAUUUUCGGAAUUUUACGGUAUUAUGAAAAAUACUGUCCACACUAUCUAGAGGGGUUGCCAUAGUGAAUGUUACUGGCUGUUUGGUAGUGGAGUACACGUUUGGUUCAUCCAUUGUUAUUCUUGUGUCUAGUUGUGAUAUUGUUUCUUGUAGUGUUUCUUUCCGUUCUCUUUUAUCCUUGUUUACUUAUUGAGUUUUCUUUUAUCUUGAAGGAAAAAGGCUUCUGUAAACGUAAAUAGAUCAAGGAAUACAAGAACAAAACCAAGGAAUCCUGUUGAAAGCAGAGAGAGCUCAAGCGAUUCAGAUAUGGAAGUUCUGGGAGAUAAGACUAAAAUUAAGGAACUACCAUGUCACCAGCGAAAUAACCAAUUCAACAAGGUUAAUAAUCUAGGGAUGAAGAAGAAGCAACAUAUUUCAUGUACACCUUCAACAUCUUCCUUCAUUGCAAUGAACGAAGUAACACCCAACAACUCCUCUGAUGAUGAAAGCAACUUAUCUGAUGCUAUGAUUGUUCAACCAACCCCUUGCUCCAAGACAACACGAUCCAUAUUCACCAAAAGAAGACACAGGUCUCCUAUAUCUACUUUUGAUCAAUUAGAUGACACAGAAGAGCAUCAUCUUUGCCUGUUACAAACACAGAACAAGAAAAGACACUCGCCAAAAUGCACUAAUAGGACAUUAAAUACUCUGGGAAGGAAAAAGACAAAGGCUGCAUUCACUGCAGCACUCAGAAGUAAUGUUCAGAUUACACUUUCCCCAUUUGUGAACACAAAAAAACAAAAACGAAAGAGGAUUAAGUCCAUAACUAGUGACAGUGACUGA